AUGACCCUCUCCGGCGGUGGCAGCGCCAGCGACAUGUCCGGCCAGACGGUGCUGACGGCCGAGGAUGUGGAUAUCGAUGUGGUGGGCGAAGGAGACGAAGGGCUGGAGGAGAAAGACAGCGACGGCUGCGGCUGCGAGAGCCCGGCGGGGCCCCCCGAACUGCGCCUGGACGAGGCGGACGAGCAGCCGCCCCUGGCGCAGCAGCCCCAGCAGCCCCAGCAGCAGCAGCCCCUGUGCCUCCCCAAGGAGGCGGCCCCGGCGGCGGGGGGGGACCCCAGCGGCGGCAGUCCGGCCGAGGCGGACGGCAAAGGCGGAGGGGGAGGAGGCGGAGGCGGCGGCGGGGAGGAGAGCGCCGGCGGGGGCGGCUGCAGCAGCGGCGGCGGCGGCGGAGGCGGCGGGGCGGCCGCGGGCCUGGCCCCCAGCAAGCCCAAGAACAGCCUGGUGAAACCUCCCUACUCGUACAUCGCGCUCAUCACCAUGGCCAUCCUGCAAAGCCCACAGAAGAAACUGACCCUGAGCGGCAUCUGCGAGUUCAUCAGCAACCGCUUCCCCUACUACCGGGAGAAGUUCCCCGCGUGGCAGAACAGCAUCCGCCACAAUCUCUCGCUCAACGACUGCUUCGUCAAGAUCCCCCGGGAGCCCGGCAACCCCGGCAAGGGCAACUACUGGACGCUGGACCCGCAGUCCGAGGACAUGUUCGACAACGGCAGCUUCCUGCGGCGGAGGAAGCGCUUCAAGCGGCACCAGCAGGAGCACCUGCGCGAGCAGACGGCGCUCAUGAUGCAGAGCUUCGGUGCCUACAGCCUGGCCGCGGCCGCCGGCCCCUACGGCCGCCCCUACGGGCUGCCCCCGGCCAGCGCCUACCCGCACCCGGCGGCCGCGGCAGCGGCGGCCGCGGCGGCGGCGCUGCAGUACCCCUAUAUCCCGCCCGUGGGGCCCAUGCUGCCGCCCGCCGUGCCGCUGCUGCCCUCGGGGGAGCUGGGCCGCAAGACGGCCGCCUUCGGCAGCUCGCCGCUCAGCCCUGGCCUGCAGCUGCAGCUCAACAGCCUGGGCGCCGCGGCCGCCGCCGCCGCAGCCACCUCGUCUCUCAUCAAGGCCGAGCCCAGCAGCCGGCCCUCCUUCAGCAUCGAGAACAUCAUCGGCGUGUCCGCCGCGGCCGGGGGCUCGGCCGGGGGCGGCAGCCCGGGCGGGGGCGGCCCUGGCGGGGGCGCGGGCACCGGGGCGGGCGGAGGCGGCCCAGGCGGCCCGGGCGCCGGGGCGGGCGGAGGCGUAGCGGCGGCGGCGGCUCAGACUUUCCUGCGGCCGCCGGUGUCGGUGCAGUCGGCGGCUCUCAUGGCCACGCACCAGCCGCUCUCCCUGAGCCGGACCACGGCAGCCAUCGCGCCCAUCCUGAGCGUGCCUCUCUCCGGACAGUUCCUGCAGCCCGCAGCCUCGGCGGCGGCCGCGGGACAGGCCAAGUGGCCGGCUCAAUAG